GAAACUAGGAUGGUUAAAACCAGAGCUCUUCCUGUUGCUUUACUGCUUGGUUUGUUGUUCAAGAUCGUUGCAUUUGCAACACCGGGUUGGAUAAUGUACGAGGAAACACAUAGUACAACUUGGAUUGGAAUAUUCUACUCAAGGACUUAUGAAGGAGACAAUAGUCGGACGACAUCUUUUCUUGACAGAUCACGUGAUGAAUUUGGUAUUAUCGGUCUUCAGAUUAACUGUGUCAUUAAUGUUGUGUUAUCCGGGGCCGGCAUUCUGGUCUUCAUUUUGAACAGCAAGAGAGUAUCUAAGCACGUAAUGGUUAAGCCUGUAGCAUAUAUAUCAAGUGGAAUCUUUCUGUGUGUAGGAGUUACUUUGGAGUUUGCCCUGCUUCUUCGUUUUAUUGGAAUGUGUAUACUGAUAUUUCAUCGGUCUUUAUGGUUUCCAUAUUCUUUUGUCCUUGCCUGCGUGUCCUUUGCUUUGCAUCUUUAUUCCCUUGUGGUAAUUCUUAUUCGCUAUAAAAGAGGCAACGAGGAAGGAAAUAAUGACAACCAGAUGAAGGAAAAUCCAGGUUGUAUGGGAAUUCACCAAGAUGUGCUUACAGACAAUGCAGAUGUGAUAGCAGACAACAGACUGGAUAUGAUGACAGAUAAUGAUGAUAUGACGAAGUGGUAACUACCGAAGCGUACUGCUGCCAAUUGAAAAAAAUCUAAGACCAUACUAUUACCCAUCUACAAUUAUCUGAGAUCAGCUGGGAAAAUAUACAAAAUUCUACCACAAAAGGACCAUUUAAGUACAAGAAGAA